AUGGAUGGGCUGGACGAUCUACUGAAUCAAUCAGAUGAUAUCGAACUGAAAUUCGGUCAAUGCCGCAAGUGUUGGAGGAAAGCUCAGCCUCUCAGCCUCGGUGAUGGUACUCACAAGACCAUGCAACAAGUGGGAGAUCGACUCGUGGAUCAGACGAAUGAGCGACUGCGGCUCGCUAGGGUUCUCACUUGCAGGAUGACAAUUGUGUGGGUGUAUCUACAAUCCAUGAUGGAGAAUCUUGGAAAAGAUGGCAUGAGCUCUGAUGAGAGUCAAUAUUGUACUAGCGAAAGUAUGGGCAGACCAACAAUUAUAAACACGGAUGGCUUGAUCUACCAGACACACUCUCAGGGAGUCCGUCAUUACAACAUUCUUUAUGCAUUUCAGCAGGCUAACCUGAUGAUGCACUCGACCUACGGAUUACUUUCCAUGGUUCUGGAACUGCUCUGA